GCGCAGCAGCUGCAGUGUAUGAUGGCCAUCUUUCGGGUGCUAUGUCUGUCUCCUCAGAAUCGUCCGGAUGGUUGGUUGGAGCAGCUCCGUCAGGACCCUUCCUCACACCGAACGGGCCUUCGCCAGGCCAUGUUAGAGUCGUUCUGAAAGGGUUCUUGAGUCGGGGGCCUGCUGCCGCGGUUUGGGAAUGCGAAUGUUGUAUUUAGUUGCUUUCGGAUGGCAAAACUUUUUAGGGAUUGAUUGCUUCGCACCUCUAUAAGCUUUUUUCCUCGCGGCAAUUCGAGAAUGUCUUCGUCCCUGGCGUUGAAAACACGGAUGAAGAAUGCAUUAAGCCGCUAUAAGGACACUGUUUGGGGCCAACUGCUACGUAGCGCGAUCAGCGGCCAGGCAAUGCAGUCGACAAGAGAUUGUGGUAUUGAAUACCGAUCCUCUGGGCAGAUUGCCACCUUUGACUCCUGUUCUAAAGAAGAAGUCACAGAGAGAGUGUGGAAAGGGGACUAGGUGACACAACCGACCCGCGGGGCGAUAGCAAGUCUGCCGGCUGUGGUUUCACGAAGCUUCACCAGCUGCCCAAAAGGAUGUUCUGUUGGGUCGCGCCGACCAAUAUAUCGUCCGAGUUGAUGAUGAGCAACUUUCCCGAGCGGAUAACCCUGGUCAUUCAGAAAUCUUUCAAUGUACUGAUAUUGCACAUCAUAGACUCCGCCUGCCACUCAUUGUAUAAGGAGAGUCACUAGCAGAGCAGAGCAGGAAGAUGGCACCCAAGCUCGAGAUUCUCAUAG